UAUGCAUCAGUUGGAGCAAGCAAGAAAAACCAAGUAGCCGACAGUAAAAUUCAGAAAUUUUAUACAAAUUAAAUCUACUUAAAAUCUUCUAAAAAACAUCAAAUUUAUCAGCGAUUUUUGGAGGAAACGGGUCAAAGGUAAUUCACAAGAAGUGGUUGAUAGAGGAUGGCCGCACUGACUACCCGAAUCAUCAAGGAGACACAGCGCCUUCUGGAGGACCCAGUUCCCGGGAUUAGUGCCACGCCUGAUGAGAGUAAUGCGCGUUAUUUUCACGUCCGCGUUGCUGGGCCCAAAGAUUCCCCUUUCGAGGGUGGAAUAUUUAAAUUGGAAUUGUUUUUACCCGAAGACUAUCCGAUGAAAGCGCCAAAGGUACGAUUUUUGACAAAGAUUUUCCAUCCAAACAUCGACCGUGUGGGUCGAAUUUGUCUGGACAUCCUGAAGGACAAAUGGAGUCCUGCUCUGCAAAUUCGUACCGUUCUUCUAUCGAUCCAGGCCCUGUUGAGUGCUCCAAAUCCAGAUGAUCCACUGGCCAACGACGUUGCGGAAUUGUGGAAGGUCAACGAGCGGAGGGCCAUUCAACUGGCUAGGGGAUGCACUUUGAAAUAUGCGAUGCAACAUUAAGUUCCCAAUAAUAAAGUAAAUUGGAUCCUAAGAAGGGUGCUUAAAACCUAA